CAGCCGGUUCAAGGUUAUCAUUUUAAAAGUGGUUACGGUAUAUAAUAUAUAUACCAGCCUAUCUGUCAUCAUUAUCUUUUACGGAUUUACGGCCAAACCGACAAUAUUUACCUCGGUGAUUGGUGAUGAUAUAUUAUUUAUAUAUCAGCUAGCGAGUGCCGAAUAGUGUCUACUGUCUACUGUUUUAUUUCGAGACGAGAGUUGGGAUAACUCACUGAACGCAAUACGAAGUGUUCCGUGUCCGACGUCCGGGUUUUUCAGCGAAUAGACUGGCCGCCGGGUCUUAAACUUAUCAAUUUAAUCCAAGAUUUUAAUAUGGCGGCUCAACUUGAUUCAGCUAAAUCAGCCAUCAAAGAUUCAUUAUACGAUGAAUCCAAGCCUUGGUGUAAAUUUUUCAGUUGGGCUGAAGCACAAACAGGAGUCAAUAGACUGAACUUAUUUAUUGGUUUGGCGGUGUUCCUUAUAUUUUACUUAUUAAUUGGAUAUGGAACCUUAUUGUUAAGUAAUUUGAUCGGCUUUUUAUACCCGGCAUAUGCAUCAAUUAAAGCGGUUGAAUCUAGUGGAAAAGAUGAUGACACAAAAUGGUUGACAUAUUGGGUGGUAUUUUCAUUUAUUACACUUAUUGAAUUGCCAGCUGCAAUUUUACUUAGCUGGAUUCCAUUUUACUCUUUAAUCAAAACAAUCUUUUUUGUGUGGUGUUUUAUACCAAUCAGCAAUAAUGGUUCUGUGGUUGUGUACAAUAGAUUUAUACGUCCAUACUUUUUAAAACAUCAAGGAGAUAUUGAUCAAGCAGUAAAUGAUCUGUCCAAAAAAGCUUCUGAUGUUGCAUUUGAGAAGUUAGUUACUGCAAAAGUCAAUUAAAUAAUACAACUAGUUUUGGGGUAAAUUUUGUUGAACAUCCAUUAUACAUGUUUUCAUCAAUAAAAUUGAAAAG